ACAUUAAUAUUGGGGUCAGUUUCAUUAUUAAGGUCUAACAGAUUGGUUUGCAUCUGAGUUCAUUAACACCAUAGUUACUGCAGCGAGGUAGGUAAUAAAAGACAAAGAAUGGGUACAGGAGGAGGUGAUUCCAUGUUCAUCACGGACAUGAUGAAUGUAGACGCUGAAGAUAAACCGAACAACACUCAAGAACUUUUUAUGCUUGAAGAUUACAACCAGCGUAUCGCUAAUUCAAUAAUCAUGAUCAUCAUCACUAUCGUUGGAAUUGUCGGCAACACUCUGGUCAUCGUAGCCGUCAUCCUAUCCCGAAAACUGCAAUCAUCAACCAAUUGGUUCAUCGUCAACUUGGCCUUGGCCGAUUUCUUAACAUGUCUCAUGUUACCAUUUAAUGUAGUUGCCAUGUUGAGUCGUUCUGGUUGGCCACUUCCCAACUGGAUCUGUGCCACCAGUGCGGCGGUGUUUUUCAUCUGUCUUGGUGCCAGCGUCAUGACGUUAGCCCUCAUUGCCUACAAUCGUUGGUAUCUCCUGACGCAACCCAUUGUGAAGUUCAUGAAGCUCUACAAACCACCGAAAGUCUUUUUAAUGUUGCUUGCUGCUUGGAUGUAUCCAUCGCUCUUGGUUCUAGUGCCUUAUUUCGCUGGGCUGGGAAUAUUGGGAUACUCCAAGGAAUACAAGACAUGUUCACAAGAUACGUCACUCCCGACCUCGGAUAUAUACAGUUUAACUGCAGGGGCGUGUGUGAUCUUUCCAAUCUUUAUCAUUAUCGUUGCCAUCUACAUUCGAAUCUACAUCUUCGUGUCCAGGCAAUCGUCAGCUAUGGCCAAGACUCGUCGCAAUGAAGGCAUCACUUUGGAGAGUAGUUCUUCGAAGAUUUCCUCUACAAAAACUACCAAUACAUCGGAUACACCCGAACAAGCUGGACCAAAUGUGGAAACGGUUUUAGAGUACACAAUUAAAAGCUCCGAAAACGGUGCAAAUGACGUAGCACCUGGAAACUUGUCAAAGAGUAAACAUCAGCCUCGUUGGUCUGUCAAGAGUUUCAAUCCGAGAGCUUCAAACCCUUCAAUUAGAAAAAGUGAUGAAGGUAAAUCUCAACGGCGCGUCAACAAGUACCAUGUAACUGUCACCAAACGUUUAGCCAUUGUUGUCCUGGCAUUCUUCCUCUGCAUGCUUCCUUUUGGUAUCAAUGUUGUUCUUCCUGGCAGCGCCGACAUGGCUGUUCCUUGGACUGCGUUACUCACGACCGUCAAUAGUUGCAUCAAUCCUCUGAUCUACGCCAGGACAAUGCCGGAGUUUCGUAAGGUGAUGUGGGCCAUUAUCCGGUGUCGCUUUCAAGAAAUUCCGGAGCCACUUGCUUGCAUUCGUCGUCAACGAUUUUAAGAGAGCAUGAUGGCAUUGUCAAAAAAGUUGAAUAACACGAAGUGGCCUAUCUUGCCUAGAAUCAAAAUAAGUUACUUCACUGCCGAACGAUACGUAUAAACAUUAAGAAAACACAUAUCGGCAACCCACCAAAUAUGACAUAAGGGAAAAAAGAAGCAAGUCACAACAAUUUUAUUUGCUGUAAAGAAAACAAAAGCACUCCGCCAUUAAUGUGAACUUUUAAACUCAAAUCACCCACGCGCUACUCUCAUUAUGGUUAUACAGUGCGUAUCAAAAAAAAGUUUACACUUUAAAAAAAUCUUGUAAAAUUAUACAUUUGUAAUAUCCUGAAGAUUUUUCCACAUUUUAACAUUGGUACAGAUUCAUUUAAGCAAAUGACGAGAUAACUGUCGAAAAAUAUUUCCGCUUGAGUGAGCACCACUUACUUUUGAAAAGUUAGUGAAAAAUUAUUUGCGCAGAACUUUGAAAUAGUUAUGCGAAUAAAACUGAAGUACACCUUAAUCAUAAAGAACAUUGAUUUGAAGAUAUUUUUUACCUUUUUUAACUUGUUUCCUUGCUCAAAACACUAUGAAGAGUGCAUUGUGCCCCACCCCACUCCCCCACACACCGAGGCCAUCGUGACGAUAUUUGAUUUACACUGAGCUGUGAUUUACAUGAAAUGGCUUAGGCUUGAUUUUCAUUUUGUUAAUCAUUGUCAAGCUUGGGAAAAGUGUGGAGAAACAAGUAUUAAAUGAAAAAUGAAAUGUAAACCCACUUUAAAUGAUAAAAACUUAGUGAAAAAAUACUGGAGAUCAUGUCUGAUAUAAACUUUUGUUCAGAUUCAGUUAUGUCCUCAGAUCCAGCUGGCGCAAAAAGGGUAAAGGUUGUGCUUACUAGGUGUUGGAAUUUCAAUUUGGGUGGCAAAAUUGUUACAAAAUGUUUGAAUGUAUCCGUUUUAUUUCAAUUGACUAAAAGUGCAAGGGAAAUGUAUGAGAAAUGUUUCGCAGGAUAAGUUUGAUUUCGCCCUUUCCCCUUGACACAGCGUGAAAACAAGCAUUUCUGCGCAAACAGAUUUCUGCGAGCUAUACAAAAAUGGAGAGUGCUCACUCAAGUAUAACAUUCUGUCAAAACUUUUACUUUCAUUGGAUAGAUGAGACCCAAACCCAAGAUUGUAAAAAAAAAAUUACACACAUGUUGUAUAUUUUUUAAUUCCCAGGGCUUUUUCAAAGUGUAAACUUUUUUUUGAUACGCACUGUAGUACGUACUUCUUAGCAGGAAUUAAAGUGAAUUUAAGUAUAACAAAAUGAAAUUCUGAAGGUACGUUUAAAACACAAACUACAGUUUAAUGCAAAAGAUUUAGUAAUGUGUUAGUAGAUU